CCAGCAGAUCUCCAGCAGUGAAACAGUUAACACUGAGCACAGCGCUGUAGUGUCGGACGCCGGAGUGCGGCUCUGAGCAUGUGCUGUUCCUGCUGCAUUGAAGGAAAAUGUGUCAGUUAUCAUUGGAGAAGAGUAUAAGGGAGGAGAAAGGGAGAGCGGGAGGUUAGCCGGGGCAAACACACAACGAGAAGGAACCGAUACGACCAUGGUCCUGUUUUGUCUCGUGUCCUCUGCAUGAUUACAAUGAACUCGCACAGGGUCGAUUCCACCGCACGCGCUGCUGCAGCCCGACAAUAAAACACGUAAAAACCCCAGAGUUCUGAACGGACCCAUUGGCCCAGUCACCAUGGCAACAGCAAUGACCCCCGAGCCCCUGACGCCGCUGUCACGGUGGUAUCUGUACGCCAUCCAUGGCUACUUCUGCGAAGUCAUGUUCACGGCAGCAUGGGAGUUCGUGGUCAAUUGCAACUGGAAGUUCCCUGGCGUGACGAGUGUGUGGGCGCUUUUUAUCUAUGGAACCUGCAUCCUGAUCGUUGAGCACAUGUACCUGCGCCUGCGUGAUCGCUGCAAUGUCUUGCUGCGCUGCUUCAUAUACACCUUGUGGACAUACAUGUGGGAGUUUGGCACAGGGCUGCUGCUGCGUCAGUUCAACGCCUGCCCUUGGGACUACUCACAGUUCAAAUACAACUUCAUGGGCUUGAUCACGGCGGAAUACGCUGUGCCCUGGUUCUGUGCGUCAUUCAUUGUGGAGCGCUUGGUCAUUCGCAACACGUUGCGGCUGCGCUUUGACGAGUGGGCCGAGCCUGCCCAGGUUGGAAGAAGUGGUGGAGGUGAAAGAGGAGGAGCAAGGAGAGGAAGAGGAGCCAGAGGAGUGGCCGCUAAUGGCUAUGUGAAAGUGGACUGAGUGAGAGUUGUUUCUCUCUCUGUCUUUAAAAAUGUAUUGGUCCAGUCUUUUCUUUACUCCUGAAGAAGUUUCCAGCUUUCUCCUAGCCCACACUCUGGGAGGGAGCGAUGUUAAGAUUCAGUUGGUGUGGAUCAGUGAAAAAAACAAACAACAAAACCACAGCUAGAAUAAGGUGUGUGGUUUUAGUGCCCCACAAAGGAAAACUGCAGUCCUAAAUAAUGCCCAAAUUCUGAUAUGCCUCACUCAGGCAAUCCCUAGCAGCCCAUUAGCCCAGGGAAGAUACAGAGGGUUUUAUUGUGUAGCUUGUAUCAUUUCCCCAUCCCUGUACUGUACCUCCCAGACCAGUCCAUCCACUUCAAACACAUUAGGAUGGAUAAGGAGUAGGAAAAAAACACGAGAACUUACAUCUUGAAAAACAGAAAAAUGGGCCAGAAAAUAAGGAAUGCUAAGAAAAAUCAAUCUUUUUUUUUUUUUUUUAGCAUAUUAAAGUUAAGUGUGUAGUAGCAAAAGCAAAUAACUGUUAGGGUAAAGAAUUUGAAUUGUUGAAGUUUGUGUUAUUUAUUAAUAUUUAUCUAAUGGUAGUUAAUUAACUUAUUAUAGGCUUAUAGUAUGUUGUAUACAGUGCCCUAAAGUAAUGCAUUGAACUUGAAUCUAGUGUUUUUAUAAUGAACAAAAAAAAAGAAUGCUUGAACAUGCAUGAGAAUAGUGUCUUCCAGAUUUUUUUAACAAGAAGCAAAUCUGAAAUGUAUUCUGUAAAAAAAACCAACAAAAAAACGUUUAUUUUUAACCAUGUGGAUUAAGACACAAAGGAGUACUGGAUUGUAUUAACUUGUACUGCUGAUAGUUAGGAUUUAAAUAUGGGAUGUCUUAAAAUAUUGUGUGAAUAUACUGGAAAUAAUGUUGAGAGAAGUGGGGAAAAAACGUGAUCUGCUGCUAUGUUCUUUCUUGGUUCAUAAUAUCUCUGUACUAAUUAAGUGACCAGGCCAUUUGCACUACAGUCCCUAAAAAAAUAAAAUAAAAGGUUUUCUGGGCUCUAGAAUGAAAAGUCUAAACAUGAAGGAAAACAAAACAAAAGCAAACAAACAAACAAAAAAACUGGCUAAAACAAUUUUUUUGUACAUUGAUUAAAAACUUUGAUGUGAACAACUUAAUGCAUGUUAAAUUAUGGUUGAUAAUAAACUCACAAAGUUUUAAAUAUAUGUUUUUGUUGUACUGAAGUAGAUGGUGAUCUUGUAUCAAAGUCCAGAAUAUCCCAUCUGUUCAGUCAAUAAAAAUAAUACAUUUUACUGGAAGCACUAUCGGAAAAAUACGUGAACACACCAUCUUUUUAAAGAUAAGAAAAUAAAAAUAAUCACGGGUCAUUCAAAUAUUCUCCAAUAUUAACAUUAUAGUCCAUUUAGGAGCUUCGAAGUAAUAAGGAGUAUCUUACCUGGGAGCCAGUGUAGACUGAAGAAAGUCAGAGUGAAUAUUAUCCGAAGGUUUGAUACAUAUCAGAACCUUUCCUACAUAUAUGCUGUAAUCUGAUGACGAGCUGAUCUAGGGGAGGCAAUCAGGAGAAUAUUUCCAUGAUUAAGCUGAGAACACACAAUCAUCUUUGGCUUCUUGUUUCACUGGGGUAUAAAUGCCAUGAAGUAUCUGACUUUUGACAUGGUCAUCUCAGUCUCUUAAACUAAACCCCAUUCAAAGCCUAUGAGCUGAAGACGAGAGUCCAAAAGAGAGGACCUAGGACCCUGGAAAAUGUGGACAGAUUCUGUUUUGAGGAGUGUCUCAGUGAUUCAGCUCUGUGACUCAGCAAUGUAGGAGAAGACUCAGAGAUUUUCGCGCGCGCACACACACACACACACACACACACAUCACCUAAUUAACCCAAUUAAACAAAUGAGACAAAAAUAUUAUACCUGGUCCUUUGUUUAUUGUGGAAAAUGAUCCAAUAUUAAACAUCUUUGUGUGGCAAAAGUAUGUGAACCUUCGCUUUCAGCAUUUGGUGGACCCCUUUGUGCCGUAAUAACUUCAGGUAAACAUGUCCAGUAACUGUUGAUCAGUCCUGUACAUCGUCUUGGAGGAAUUUUAGCCCAUUCUUCAGUGCAGAACAGCUUCAACUCUGGGAUAUUGCUGGGUUUCCUCACAUGAAUUGCUUGCUUCAGGUCCUUCCACAACAUUUCUAUUGGUUUAAGGUCAUGGCUUUGACUUGGACAUUAACUUUAGGGCCUGUAGUUGCUUAGAAUUUGCCCUGGGUAUAGGAUCCUUUGGGGCCCAGAGUUGAGUGCAGCAUUACCAAGUAACGCAUUACUGUAAUCUAAUGACUUUUUCUGAUAACGCAGUAAUGUAACGCAUUACAUUUUAGAUUUAUAUUUACUGUUGUCAAUAAAAUUACAUUACUGGUGUAACAAAUUUAUUGUUAAGAAAACAAUAUUAAGUAAAAUGCAUUUUUUUAAUAAAUCACGUUUUGCCCUGAAGAUUUUUUCUUUAGCCCUGAUUAGUUCUCCACUUGGAGCGGUUUGUCACUGUGUAACUGAAGGUCAGUAAAAGAAGACGGUGGUGUUGUAAUUUUAUAUCUUCAGUGAACGGAGGUGAGACCGAUCAGACCGGGUUUACAGGAAAAUACGUGGAAACACUCAUGUUUUAUUAACUGACAGCUCUCAAUUCUGCCAAACGCUAGCUCACUCAGUCAGUGUGAGGAAAAACUGGAUAUACGCCAUACAGUUUUCUUAAAUCAGUAAAGGGGAAACUGAACCAGCAACAGCCUCUGAUGCUGAGCAGGAAAACAAGGUGUCUAAUGUCUAUAUGAGUUCCAGUUUAUAUGAACAUGAUAUGAGCAGAGCAUAAGGAAAUAUAAUGUACUUUGCAUGCACUGUAGCAGCUAGACCCAGACAGUGAUUGCUUAGCUGUGUCUCCCCUUGACUAGUGACACCAAACUGGCCUAGUUAGAAACGUUUGAUAUUUUAUCAGUCUGGUAGUCCUACAAACAGUGACAACACCCGAGUUUUAUGAUAAAUCCAACUUUUUAUGAUCACGUCAUACAAUGUGUGCUAAAAUGACUGAAAGAACUAAGAGUUUCACUUUAUAGUGUAUUUUUGUUGGUUUGGUAGGUUUUGAAAGUAACAGUAAUUAGUAAUCUGAUUACUUUUUACAUUCAGUAAUCAGUAAUGUAAUCAGAUUACAAUUUUAAAGUAGUAAUUAAUAAUCUGUAGGGGAUUCCUUUUUUUGAGUAACUUACCCAACACUGUUGUGGACUAUUGCACUUGAUAUUGGAAUGAUCUUUGUUGGUCGACCACUCCUGGGGAGGGUAACAAUGGUCUUGAAUAUCUAUCUGACUGGUCCUCAGAAAUCUCCAUUGAUUGUGCCAUGAUACACUUCCACAGACAUGUGUUGUGAAUAUCAGCCUUUGAUAGAGCCCUGUUCUUUUAAUAAAACAGGGUGGUUACACCUGAUUGUCGUCCCAUUAAUUGAAAGCACCUGACUAAUUUCACCAUGAAAUGAACUUCUAAUCCUGGAGGUUCACAUACUUUUUCCACGCACAGAUAUGUAAUAUUGGAUCAUUUUCCUCAAUAAAUAAAUGUCCAAUAUGUUUGUCUCAUUUGUUUAAUAGGGAUCUCUUUGUAUACUUUAAGGAGUUGUGUGAAAAUCUGAUGAUGUUUUAAGUCAUAUUUAUGCAAAUAUACAGAAAAUUCUAAAGGGUUCCAAAACUUUCAAGCACCACUGUCUAUGUAUAUGUGGCAGUUUUUAAAGCUUUCAGUGUAAGAUUCAGCUUGUUAACAAAGUAAUUUUUCUACCCAUCAAAAUUGUGGUGCCGACUGCGGAUUCAGGAAUCAUAAGCAUAAAAAAUAAUAAACUAAGGCCGUGUUAGAGAGUAUCUGACCAAGAUGAGAUGAGAAAAAUAGACUUUCUAAUACUGAUUCUUGGGGAAUCCUCCAUGUGUCAGUCGUGUAAAAGCAGAGCAAACCAAACAAAAUGCUUCCUACGUGAGAGGUACGAAUGAAAUAACUUACCGGCUGUACCUGUGACUCCCAUGAGCAUCUCUAGGUGGAUGAUGAGAAUAUGAUGCCAUAUUGUAAAGCCAUUACUGCAUCAGUAGAAUAGCAAAUGCAAUAAUAGAACAGGUAGAUCAUAUUUGAGACCACAUGUACAGUCAUGGGAAAAAGAAAGUACACAACACAUCAAUUCUCUGUGUUUAUAAAUCAGGGCCUAAAUAACAAUUGUGUGGUCAUAAUGCACAGCACAUUGUUUGGUGAAAACCAAACACAGAGAAUCACCACAAACACAUACCAAUUGUCAAGCAUGGAGGUGGAGGGGUGAUGAUUUGGGCUUGUUUUGCAGCCACAGGGCCUGGGAAACCUGGAGUCUUUGAGACAACGAUGAACUCCACCUUAUGCCUCAAAUGUGAGGCCAUCUGUCCAGCAACUUAAGCUGGGCUAAAAUUGGGUCAUGCAACAGGACAAUGAUCCCAAGCACACCAGCAAAUCAACAUCUGAAUGGCUAAAGAAGAAAAAAGUCACGGUUUAGAAUGAUCAAGUCAAAGUCCAGACCUCAACCCCAUUGAGAUGCUGUGGCAGGACUUCAAGAUGGCUGUGAAUAAACGAAUGCCCUCAACCAUCAAUGAACUCAAGCCACGAUGUAAAGAAGAGUGGGCCAAAAUAUUUCCAAAACAAAGUGAGAGACUGAUAAACUCCUACAGAAAACAUUUACUUCAAGUUAUUAUUGCUAACGGUGUUUCCACAUUUUACUGAAUUAUACGGUGUACUUAUUUUCCCCCCACCUGGUUUCUGAAUGUUGGUUUACUUUAUAAGAAAAAAUGACUACUUAUUGAAAUCGUUUUGUUUUUUUGUUUUUUUUUGUCACCUAUUUGUUUAUAGAAGCUGGUGAGGACCACACAAUUGUUAAGUAGACUCUGAUAAAUAAAACCAUAGAAUUGAAGGAAGGUGUGCUUUUUUUCUCAUGAGUGUAAAUCUGGUAAAGGGCAGCUGUGGUAUAAUGUUCAAUGUGUCUUAAUCCUCAACAAUACACAUCAGUGCUUAAACCUUAAUAACAACCUAAUAACACUUAGUGUCAAUGUUAUAUAUACUCUUUAUUGCUAACUAUUUAUUGCCAAUGGACAAUGUGGUACUGCAUGAGAGCAAUGCUUUUUAAGACCAUACAGGCAGUGAAGAGAAAUUAUAACAUUGACCAAUGGUCUGGAUUCCACCAAAUCUGCUCUUCUAGCACAAAAUCAGUGAACACAUUUAACAAACCUUGAGUGACCAAUAGCAUAUAAACCCAAUUCUAUAUAACCAUACCAACUUGAACCUUGACCAACCACACCAUAUAACCACACUCUCAUGAACUAUAUCCAUAUCACCUAACCCCUAUUUUCCAUGACACUAAUUUAGAAAGCUCCACCAUAUCCACAAAACCCAACCCUAAAUAAUCUUACCAUAGGUUUCAAAUAAACAUCAACUUCAAGCCACUAAUUCUACCACACAUUACACAUUACAUACUCAGGCUAGCCAUAAUCAUGAAACCGACAAAGAAUACUCAAGAAUAACUCAACAUGGGACAACCAUAUGCAUAUAAAUUAAUCCAGACUAACAAUAUUUAUCUACCCUAACAAACCAUACUUAUAUACCCUGUGGAAAGCUUUGUCAGACCAGCUACUGGUCAGACUGGUGAACCAUCUUUGGCAGCUGUAAUCUGUGGUAGAUAGGAACAGUUCUCUGAAUUUUUGCUACUAAUGCUACAUUGCAAGCAAGUUGUUUUUAAGAAAUGAUCACAAUUGUAAGGCAAUUAGAAAGUCUAAAACAUGAACUCAUUCCUUCAUCUUUAGUAACUGCUUUAUCCUGGCCAUGAGCACAGUGGAUCUGGAACAUAUCACUGGAGCUUUGAGGCAACAGUACUACACGCUACACCACCAUGACACCCAUCUCAAACAUUUUAUUGACUAAUUUUGUCAAAUAAUAAAGGUCGUAGAAAAUAA